AAUGGCAUCAGUUGCCUGUUGAGUAACGAAGCAAAUAUGGCCCUGCGUUUCGUUGUGGUGUUCAGCGUUUUCAUUGUCCUUGUCCAAGGAUCACUUCAUCACGGAGAUCUAAAUGAGGCCCACCAAUCGGACAUAGUUGGUGCCGAAGGCGAGGUUCCCCAGGAGGAAUAUCUGCCGGCCGAGGAUGCUGUAGAGCCGCAUUCCCAUCACCAUGAGCACUCGGAAGCAGAAAUUGGAGGCGAUCAUCAUGGACAUGAUUACCAGGCUCAAUCCCACCACCACGAGCAUGGACCUCACCAUCACGUGAAGUCGCACCAUCACCUCUCCGAAUCCCAUCAUCAUCACCAGGAGUCGCAUCACCUUGUUCAUGAAGGUCCCCAUCACCAUCAUCACCAUGAGGCGCACCACCACAUUCAUGGAGGCCAUCACCAUGAUCACCAUCAUCUGCAUGGAAUUCAUGGACAUCAUGGGCAUCAUGGAGUUCACCACUUGCACCACCAUCGCAACUGCCAUGCGACCAUCCACUGCCCCAGGGUCCAUAGUCCCACCUACGCCACCGAUGGGCAUGUCUGCUUCCACGUGGAGAACCCUUGCGAGUUGGCCGUUUUGAACUGCCUGCGCCGCAAUGAACUGAAGCCACUUUUGAGGCACAUCGGUCAUCACGAAUGCCACCAUCUGCCCACAGCUCACAGAUCCCACUAA